CUCCACAUGGGCAACUCCUCCUCGUCUGAUGUGGCUGGAGUUGGCAUCGUGGUGCUGAAGCUGACUUCUGGAAAGGAGUUGAAGCUUAAGGAUGUUCUGCAUGUCCCAAACAUCCGCAAGAAUUUGGUCUCCGGAUCUCUUCUUGUAGAGCAUGGUUUUAAGUUAGUCUUUGAAGCUAAGAAGUUUAUUCUUAGCAAGUAUGGUAAAUUCCUUGGUCGUGGCUAUCUCGACAAUGGUUUAUUUAAAUUGAAUGUAAUGGUCGUGAGCCGUGUAACCGUUUCCAAUGAUAAUGAAAAUCGUACUUCUGUUUAUAUCGUGGAGUGUUCUGAUUUAUGGCAUAUUCGAUUAGGACAUGUGAAUCUAAAUGCAAUUAAACGGUUGAUGAACUUAGAAUUAAUUCCUAAUUCUAAAAUUGAAUCACACAAAAAAUGUGAAAUUUGUGUUGAAGCCAAAAUGGCUAAAUUACCUUUUCAUUCGGUAGAAAGAAAUACUGAACCAUUGGGUUUAAUCCAUACUGAUGUAUGUGACUUGAAGUUUGUGCAAACAAGAACGG